AUGGCCGAUUCAGGACUUCCAGCCGGCUGGGAAGUUCGUCACUCGAACUCUAAGAAUCUGCCUUACUACUUCAACCCAGUAACCAAGGAAUCACGCUGGGAACCCCCUGCCGACACUGAUACCGAGAAGCUGAAGAUCUAUAUGGCACAGAACCACACUCCGACUGCCCGGGCUGAUGUAGGUGGCCAGGGUGAAGGCAAGAUCCAGUGCAGCCAUCUGCUCGUCAAGCACCGCGAUAGCCGCCGUCCCAGCAGCUGGAGGGAAGCUGAUAUCACCCGCACCAAGGAGGAGGCCAUUGAGAUUCUGAAGGGGUACGAGCAACAGAUUCAGUCUGGAGAGACAACUCUGGGUGACAUCGCAGUAUCCGAAUCGGACUGCAGCAGCGCUCGCAAGAAGGGUGACCUGGGCUUCUUUGGCCAUGGGGAGAUGCAAAAGGAAUUCGAGGAUGCCGCCUUUGCGCUGCAGCCUGGCCAAGUCAGCGGGAUCGUCGAGACGGCAUCCGGUGUUCACCUCAUUCAACGUGUUCAGUAA